CCUUCUCCCCGCCCCAGGCCCUACGGGGCCCGUGGGCGGGGCGAGCUCCGGCCCCCUGGGCUACCCCGGCUCCUCCUCCCAGGCGCUCGGCGCUCUUAGCUGACAGCCCUGGGAGUCCGGCCGGCCGGGGCAGGCGGGGGAGAGUGCCAUGGGCUGCAACAGCCACAUCUCGGGUUUGUUCCGGCGUAACCUGCAGCCCACGCUCACCUACUGGAGCGUCUUCUUCAGCUUCGGCCUCUGCAUCGGCUUCCUGGGCCCCACGGUGUCCGACCUGCGCUGCCAGACUCACAGCUCGCUGCCCCAGAUCUCCUGGGUUUUUUUCUCGCAGCAAUUCUGUCUCCUGCUGGGCAGCGCUCUUGGGGGCAUCUUCAAGAAGACGCUGGCCAAGUCACUGUGGGUCCUCUUCACCUCAUCUCUGACCAUCUCACUAGUGUUUGCUGUCAUCCCCUUCUGCCAAGAUGUGAAGGUGUUGGCUACAGUCAUAGCUAUAGCUGGUCUGGCCAUGGGAUUCAUAGACACAGUGGCUAACAUGCAGUUGGUGAAGAUCUACCAAAAGGAUUCUGCUGUCUUCCUCCAGGUUCUCCAUUUUUUCGUGGGCUUUGGUGCCCUUUUGAGCCCCCUCAUCGCUGACCCUUUCCUUUCUGAGGCUGAUUGUGUGCCAACCAAUGCCACGAACCAUGACAGAAGCGGCAGCCCCCAUUUCCAAAAAAUCUUGACACCCCACCGUCCUCUGCCCAACCUGACCCACCAUGAGCUACCUGCCCAUGCCUGGGUCGGGAAUCAGAUGUCUUAUGCCUUCUGGAUCAUGGCCUUGAUAAAUCUACCAGUACCCAUAUCAGUUUUGUUCCUGCUAUCCAAGAAACGGAUGGUACCCUGUUGUCCAAGGAAAAAACCUCCGCUUCUGACCGCUGAUGAGCUUUCCCUCCAAAUGGAGCCGCCUGAGAAGGAAGACUCCUCUUCUCUAGCAACUAAAGCACAGUCAGAGAGAGGGCAUGGAAACCUGUUUAUCUGUUGUCAAAAGAAGACUUUUCAUGGUGCCUCUUGCUCCUUCUUUGCCAUUCACAUCACUGCAACCCUGGUGCUAUUCAUGACAGAUGGAAUCACGGGUGAAUAUUCUGCCUUUAUAUACACCUAUGCAGUAGAUGAUCCACUCUUCGUAGGACAUAAGGCAGCUGGCUACCUUCCCAGCAUCUUCUGGGGCUCUGUCACCAUAGGCCGGCUCAUCUCCAUCCCCAUCUCUUCUCGAAUAAGCCCAGCCACCAUGGUCUUCAUCAACUUGGUAGGAGUGGUGGCCACGUUCCUGGGUCUCCUCUUGGUCUACUACAACAUUGUCUUCUUGUUUGUGGGGACAGCCUGUCUGGGACUGUUCCUCAGCAGUACCUUCCCUAGCAUGCUGGCCUAUACUGAAGACAUCCUCCAGUAUAAUGGCUGUGCAACCACAAUGCUGGUAACAGGGGCAGGAAUUGGUGAGAUGACACUCCAACUGUUCAUUGGCUCGAUUAUCCAAGUGCUGGGCAAAUACAGCUUCCUGGUCUGUGGCGUGAUCUUUGGCUGCCUGGCUUUUACCUUCUACAUCAUGCUCCUGUUUUUCCACAGGAUAUACUCCAGGCCCUCAUCAGUCUUGACCUUGGACAAACCACCAGGGAUAUAAAGCUCUGAAGUCUACCAGCAGUAAAAGUCAGGUGAAGAAGACAAAGGCGACCCCUCCCCCAGAAGCACAACACAGACCCCCACCCUUGUUUGAUAAUACUGGAGGAGAAGUCUAAAAUAUUAUUUAAAAUCGCUCCUCUGGUAUUAGGUUCAAGAAAAAAUAAUUUAGAUCAACUCUAGGACACUGGCUUCUCUUAGGGCAAAUCAACACGAGCCUAUUCAAUUCCCCUUCUUUGCCUUCACACUGCUAAGAGUUGCCUAUCGAGUCCAGAUGUGGAGAAAAGGAAUACACGUACACAUACAAUUCUGAUGACUCCUGGACUGAACCCUUAGGGUUUUGGCAUUCAAUCUUGGAUACAGUCUGAAAGCAAUAGAGCCAAGCUUAAAAUAUGAUGCUCAGUGACACCUGACAAAUGUAGAUAAAUGUGAUAUUUUAAGUUAACCUAGAUGAACCUCGGGUUAUUUCCUCAUGCACUACACCCCAAAAGGAACUACUGUGCUUUUCUUGGGACCAAUCCAAAAUCUAGGGGAUUCUUGAUUUUUAUGGUCCCCCAAAACUCAGUGAUUCAUCUUCACUGUGAAAUUUUGGAAAGAAAGUUGAAUCUUGAUGGCUCUAGGAUAUGAACAAUCUAUGACUAGUCUAGGAAAACAUAAGAGUGGGACAAUGUCAUGUACUCUGUUUUCCUUUUCUGCGUGGAUGUGUGGGUGGGUGUAUGUGGCUGGAUAUCUACAGAAUCAGCAGAAAUAGCAGUGAGAAUUUUUCAAAACAACUGUCAGGCUUAGUGCUUUUACCUCUUCUACCUAGAAAAAACUCCCUCUCUGCUCCAUGUGAAGAAGGUAUAGGGCUCAGCCAAGGAAAGGAAAAAGCUGGACUGUCUGGUACUUUUAAAAGCUGUGCCCUAUACGAAAGUAGUGACUGGAGAGGCAAGUUAUGAAUACCAUAUGGAGUUGACAAUGACAAUGACAAUGAUAAUGAGAGAAGGGAACUAUCUCUCUUUACUUUUUUUUUUUAAAGAAAUGGAUACCAGUGACUGAUUACAUAUUGGUUUAUUUGCACUUUCUGGAUGCAUCAACAGGUGUGUGUGUGUGUGUGUGUGUGUGUGUGUGUGUGUAUAUACAUCUACAUAUGUUUAUAUAUACAUAUAUACUUUAUAUAUAAUAUACAUAUGAUAUGUAUGUUUAAACAUAUGUUUAUAUGUAUAUGUAGGUGUGUCUACAUACAAACAUUAUUAUUAAAACUACAGUGAUUAUCAA